AUGUCCCGGCCGCGCUGCGGCACCCCCAUCACCUCAGGGAAGCACCGCCCGGACCCCGCCUCGGUGCGCGGCGACAGCCGCGGGCAGCGCCGGGAUAACGGGACCCAGCAGCGAGCGUUCCCGGCGCGCCUGGGGACGCUGCAGCAGGCAGUGUGCAAGUAUGUGGCGGUGGAGCUGAAAUCCGCUUUUGAGGAGACUGGCAAGACCAAGGAAGUGAUUGACACCAAGUAUGGCUUCCUGGACGGGAAGGGCUCUGCCGUCAAGUACACGCAGUCGGACAUCCGGUUAAUCGAGGUGACGGAGAACAUCUGCAAGCGGCUGUUGGAUUACAACCUGCACAAGGAGAGGAGCGGCAGUAACAGAUUCGCAAAGGGCAUGUCGGAGACCUUCGAGACCCUGCACAACCUGGUGCACAAGGGCGUCAAGGUGGUGAUGGACAUCCCCUACGAGCUGUGGAACGAGACCUCCGCUGAGGUGGCUGACCUCAAAAAGCAGUGCGACGUGCUGGUGGAGGAGUACGAAGACGUGAUCGAGGACUGGUACCGGCACCACCAGACGGAGGAUCUCUCCCAGUUUCUCUGCGCCGACCACGUGCUAAAAGGGAAGGACACCAGCUGCCUGGCAGAGAAGUGGACUGGCAAGAAGGGUGACUCGGCAAGCGUGGGGGAGAAGCAGAGCAAGAAAAAAAGCGGGAAGAAGAAGAAGAAGGGCCAGAAGGAUGAGGAGGGAGCUGCCGGCCUCCUGCCCGCAGGGGAGGCCCUGGAGGAGAGCGGGGUGCAGGAGGAGGCUCCGCUCACCCACAGCCCGGCCGACGAGCUGUAG